AUGCCGUCGCGUUCCGCACGUAACCCGUCUUCGCCAGGUGCCAAUCCCACGACGCCCUUCAUCCCGGUUCCAAACGAGAGGACUGCGCCGUCCUUGCUUCCUCAAGAUGCCCAGCUUUUGCCAUCCAUGAACCCAGACUUGCCCACCUCGCCGCCGCGGCGUCGCGGUCAUUCGCGCUCGAUCAGUCAUCCCUUCCCGUCGCCAUUCCCUGGCAUUGGGAAAAGACGCCCCAGGAAGCAGGACUUUCUGGAUUCCGACGAUGACGAUGACGACGACGAGAACGUGACGUAUCUGCCCGAGCUUGCGACAAGCCCUCGCAAGGGCUCGACACGUGCGCCAGGUGAGGAAUUGACAACGGGGAAAUGCAUGACGUGCAAUUCUACGGUGCGAUGGCCGCGGAAUCUUCACGUUUUUCGGUGUACGGAGUGUUUGACGGUCAAUGAUUUGGAGCCGUACCGGGAGUCUAAUGACUCGUCCACCCAUGGACAUUCACAUCCUACCAAAAACCCGCCAGUUGCUAGGAAAGCUGUCCCUCUGUCUGUUGAACGAACCAAAGCCAUCAUUGACGGAUGCGUUGCGAGCUACCUCCACCAACUGUUGGAUAUGCCUGGACCGCGAGCGUUCCCUAGCGGAAAUGCUCCCAGUAAGCCAACAGGUGCUGGACAGGAUGAAAAUAGUUCGCAGUCCCUCAGCCAGUCAUCUUCCGGGCACCUGUCAGAACCUCGACCGAAGGUUGACCCACGAAAUCGAAGUACGUCUGCAUCUAGUCGACCGGGAAAGCUGGAUGGAAUGAAUGGAAUGCCCCACUAUCUGAAGCCACAAGGGACAUCGUCAUCGUACCCCUCGGAAUCACGGGAAUCGCAAAUGCAGAGCCGUGAUGUCCAGAACGCUCCCAGGAGGGAUCGCUCGCCUCGGCCGGCGGCGCGGUCGUACGAUCCUGAGACGAAAGAAUUGCCAAGGCACCCGUACGUUUUUAAAGCACUCGAGGAGUAUAUAAUUUCCUGUUUUAAGGGAUGUGACUGCCUUAAUCGCUCCUUUACUACGGGGCAACACAUUCCGCGUGCCGCCAGUGAGAGCAGCCCCUCAAAGCCUAAACCAGACCCAAGCUCUGCCCCUGCGCCGAUUCUCUCGCCAUUUGAGCCCGACGAAAAGACUUUGUUGAUUGGGGACUUGGCGGAGAACUCUUCUUGGUGGAUGCAUGAUGACGAACAGCAGGGUAGUCAGAGUCAUGCUCAUCCGAAAGAAAAGAGCUCGCAUUCAUCCAGGCUUGUCAACUCGCGGAGUCCCCGAAUCAAUUGGACCGAACUCGCCCGUUGGUACCAACUCAUUCUGACAGCUGGGCUGUCGUGGGUUGAAAGAUGGUCUGAGAUGAAGCCUGCAGAUAUUCGCGGGGAGGAGGAUUAUGUGCGAAGCCGGAGGUGGGAUGCUACCGAUCUGAGCAUGAUCGAGAAGGAGUUUGUAGAAUCGCGCCUGCAUCUGCAGCGAACCCUCCUCAAGGCUACGGAAAACCUAUUGAAACGGCCCCGGCGGCCUUUGAAGAAACCAGGGGACAUCCGAUUUCUUUUGAUCCUAUUGGCGAAUCCCAUGAUUUACUCUUCCAGCACAUCGCUCCCCUUCAACACGCCUACCUAUCCGCCCCGGGACGAGAGAAGGCCUUCUCACCCAAAGGACCCCAAUCCGAAACGCGCACCUGAUCCAAAGCCUCCGUCUCGACAUCGCAGUGGUGGUCCAGGGCACCAUUCGGGGCUGGUCAAGCGAAUACUGGGUCUAUUGGCCCACCUUCCCAAUGAUUGUCACCACUACCUGGUCUCUUGGUUCUCACGGUUCUCCGUGGGACAGUUUGAGAAGAUCGUCGACUUGGUUGGGAGCUUCGUAACGUACCGCCUAUCUCGUCAACACGGACGCAAACGCAGCCAGACAGCGAAAAACGACAACAGCCUGGUCCCUAGCUUUUCCAGCGCGGCCGGCAACACCCCUGCGGAGCUGCAUGCUGCCAUUAAUGGACGCAGCUCGAACAAGCCGACGACCGAUGAGCGUGAUCAACCUGUGGUGUACAGUGACGACUGGCAAAUUCGCGCCGCGGCUCGGGUGAUGUCCUUGCUUUUUACCGCAAACAACACGAUCGUGUCGCGGAAGCCGGAUAGUGCUCUCAGUGCAGAAGCGGCCUCUGCCACCAACUACCAGGCUCAGCGACGAGGGCACCUUCUUCCCAUCAGCACGUUUUACAAUACACUACUAGAUUAUUCGGACCUCGUGGCCGAUUUUGAAGCCUGGGAAUCUCGAACCGCGAAGUUCUCCUUUUGUCAAUACCCGUUCUUCCUCAGCAUCUGGGCUAAGAUCCGUAUUAUGGAGCAUGAUGCGCGCCGCCAGAUGGAAGUCAAGGCUCGUGAAGCAUUCUUCAACAGCAUCCUCAGUCGGAAAGCCGUCAGUCAGUAUCUCGUUCUCAAAGUUCGACGUGACUGUCUCGUUGAAGAUAGCCUGCGGGGUGUGAGUGAAGUUGUUGGGUCCAGCCAGGAGGAGAUUAAGAAGGGACUCCGAAUCGAGUUUGUGGGUGAAGAGGGCAUUGACGCGGGAGGCCUUCGUAAGGAAUGGUUCCUGCUUCUCGUCCGGGAAGUUUUUGACCCGGAGCAUGGACUCUUUAUAUACGACGAGGAUUCGCAAUUCUGCUACUUCAACCCGUACUGCUUUGAGUCAUCGGAACAGUUCUUCUUGGUGGGAGUCCUCCUGGGGUUGGCUAUCUACAACUCUACGAUUCUGGACAUUGCGUUGCCGCCGUUUGCGUUUAAGAAGCUCCUAGCAGCGGCUCCACCGACGACCGGACCGCAGCCGUCUACCACGCGGUCCCCGUUCAAGUGUAGUCUGGACGAUCUGGCGGAGUACCGACCCGCUUUGGCCAAAGGCCUUCGAGCCUUGCUGGAGUUUGAAGGGGACGUUGCAGAAACAUUCUGUUAUGAUUUUGUGGCCCACGUCGAUCGUUACGGGGAGGUGUUGCCGGUUCCGCUUUGCCCUGGGGGCGAGAAGCGACCCGUGACGAACGCCAAUCGACGAGAGUUUGUGGAUCUCUACGUUCAUUACCUACUGGACACGGCGGUGACGCGACAAUUCGAGCCGUUCAAACGCGGGUUCUUUACGGUGUGCGGAGGCAAUGCGCUGUCGCUGUUCCGACCCGAGGAGAUCGAGCUUCUGGUCCGUGGAUCGGAUGAGGCGCUUGAUGUGGCCUCGCUGCGGGCCGUGGCGACGUAUGAUAAUUGGGGCGUCGCUCGGCCAGAGACGGUGCCGGUGGUGCGGUGGUUCUGGGAUUUCUUCCAACACACUCGGCCGCAGGCGCAGCGGAAGAUUUUGUCGUUUAUCACGGGAAGUGAUCGGAUUCCGGCGAUGGGGGCGACAAGCCUGACGAUCCGGGUGGCGUGUUUGGGGGAGGAUGCGUCGCGGUUCCCGACCGCGCGGACAUGUUUCAACAUGUUGGGGCUAUACCGGUACGAGACGCGGGAGCAAUUGGAGCGGAAGUUGUGGGCGGCGGUGGCGAACAGCGAAGGGUUUGGAUUGAAGUAG